AUUAGCAGCAACGCUUGCUGCGAUUGCCAAAUCGUGGAUGCAUUCUUUGAUCUCUGGAAGUCAUUAGGUGUUACUGUUGCCCGAGGUCCUCAAGUGACGUUGUUAAGAGACCAUUUGGUGGAUUUCUACUACGUUUUGUCAACGCAACUGUCCAGCACCUGAAAGACUCGUGCGGUCUGAUCAGUGACUCCAUCGAAUUGCAAUCUUUCUUCGAGAACACAGAUCUCAUGUGAUUGGUCAGACUACACCGCAAAGCCAAGCGUUCGAUAACGGAGCGGUUUGAGGCCUUCGAAGUGCCCAAAAAAUUUCCGCGGAAGGCCUCGGCAAGUCAAUCAUGACGAGACAAGCCACUAGAUCGCCUAGUACACGCCUUAUUUUUGGCCUGUCAGCUCUCCUGGGCGUCGGGCUCGUCAGUGCAGUUUUGUACUAUUCCCAGUCAUGCGGCCCUCUUGUAUGGACCUGCCAGCAGAACCGAGCAGGAGACCAUGCAGUCAGCGGUCUGACGGAGCAAACAAGAUUGAUAGAAGCCAUCUACCAGGAGACGCAAGCUAUACAGAACGAGGAGCUCGCCAAAGUGAAACCAACGGACUUCACCCAGGGCCUGGCAAUCCUGUCAGCAGAUGGCAAUAACUGGAGACUGAAGUAUAUCUGGGACUACUUCUUGCCAGCAUACAACUGCCCUUUGAAGGAGAAGAUUGGCAUUGAUCGCCAGCUGGGAGACAAUGGGAAGUGGCUCUGCGGCGUGAGGACGCUGUUGAAGAAGGACCACUGUGUGGUCUAUUCUUUUGGAUCCAAUGGGGAGACCACAUUUGAGCAGGAUCUGCUGCGCAAUACAAAGUGUGAUGUCCAUGUCUUCGACCCCACGCUGAGCCCAGAAGUCCAGAAGCAAGUCAGCAGCAUCAAAGGCGUCACCCUGCACAACUAUGGCCUCGGCAUCACAGACGGCAUGAUCGAGCUGUCAGACAGCAGGCAGAACAUGAACAAGGGGUACACGGCAUUCCCAGUGAAGACGCUGGGCACCAUCAUGAAGGAGCUGAAGCACGACUGGGUGGAUGUCAUGAAAGUUGACAUAGAGGGGGCCGAGUGGGGCUUCCUGGCAGACCUGGUGGCCAAGAGGCUGCCCCUGCCCUUCACCCAGCUGCAGGUGGAAUAUCAUUAUUUCCACAAGAGCAAUAUCACCGUUCCGCGGAAAAUGCUGGACGUGCUCAAGGGGCUGACAGCGCGUGACAUGCGCGUCUUCAAUGUGGAGCCCAACUACUGGUGGGCCAAUUGGGCGCAUGAGUUUAUGGAGUUUGCAUAUGUCCAGGUCAACAAGUACGGCGAGAUUGUGACGGGGCCGCAGGCAGCUCCCAGGAAGUUUGCUGGAACUCAGAGUUCCUUCUGAAGGGUGUCUUGAUCCCUAGUGCAGCACCAUGUGCACUGGUAGGAUCCUAUUAUAUCUAAGACAAGGCAUCAUGAUGAGCUCUGCAAGUGGAAAGGAGUGUCACACCAUGUGACGGUCACAGGGUCCUUAGAUCUAGAUCUGUACAGCGAGACUACAGUACACAUCAGUAAGGCAUGCCUCCUGGGAACUUGAAGUAUUCCUUGUCUCUGUCAAGCAAUGCCGUAUUCCAUAGUGACAUUGACACCGCUCGAUGAAUAUUGCACCAGAAGGUCUGGAGUUAUGGUUCUGAGAAUGAAUGGGAAAUAAUACUGCGUAAUCUAGGAUGCUCACUAGAAUAAAUGUAGUGUAUAUGUGAUCCUGGUUGGCCCAUGAAUUAAUUGCCUUGUCAGGGUUAUUAGGAUCCGAGCGACCUCAGUGUGGCACGAGUUUAGCUUCUUCUCAUCUCAACAAUCUGCCGCACAUGGGGGGCCCAGCGUAGUAUCAUAACAAGAGUCUGGAAUCUGUCACAGUAUAUAGGUGAACCUGUAAAUUCUGAAAUAUAC